UCCCAUAGUGCCCCGCGCGCGGCGGGCAUGAUAACAAACGCCCGGGGCUCCCACGCGGCUUGUUCGGCUGUGUGGGCACCGUGGUGUGUACCACGACGGCUGUCCGCAAGCGGCGCCGAGCCAGCGCAUCGCCGGCCCGAGCGAUGGCGCUGUUCCGGGGAAUGUGGGGCGCGCUAAGAGCACUCGGACGCUCGGGGGCCGAGAUAUGCGCAGGCUGCGGGGGUCGCCUGCCCUCGCCGCUCAGCCUUGUCUGUAUUCCGAAAUGUUUUUCAUCCAACGUGGGUAAUCAUCCAAAGAAACCUUUGACUUCAUACCUUCGAUUUUCUACAGAACAGCUACCCAAAUUUAAAGCUAAACACCCAGAUGCAAAACUUUCAGAACUGAUUAGAAAAAUUGGGGCUGCAUGGAGGGAACUACCGGAGGCAGAAAAAAAAGUGUAUGAAGCUGAUUUUAAGGCAGAAUGGAAAGCGUACAAAGAAGCUAUGAGCAAGUUUAAAGACCAGCUAACGCCAACUCAGUUGGUAUCUUUUGAGAAAGAAGUCAGACAAAAACGUUUAAAAAAGAAAGCUUCAAUAAGAAAGAGAGAAUUAACUUUGCUUGGAAAACCAAAAAGACCUCGAUCAGCAUACAACAUUUAUGUAUGUGAAAGCUUCCAACAGGCUAAAGAUGCCUCUGCUCAGGUAAGCAGAGCUGCAGGUUGUUUGCAGGGAAAACUGAAGACUAUAAAUGAGGCUUGGAAAAAUCUAUCUAGUGACGAAAAGCAGGUAUACAUUCAGCUUGCUAAAGAUGAUAGAAUUCGUUAUGAUAAUGAAAUGAAGUCUUGGGAAGAGCAAAUGGCUGAAGUUGGACGAAGUGAUCUCAUCCGUCGCAGUGUGAAACGAUCAGGAGACAUUCCUGAGAAGUAAAAGAUAGAAGAUGAGCUGUCUUUGUGAUUAGGCACCAGAAACCAGUUAGGUCUCAAUGCCUUACGCUGUCAAAGUAGAAAGGAUAAGGUCGGUUAACAGUUGCUAUUCAGUUCCUUUUUCUGUAGCCCAUGGACUUCUGCCUGUUGAAUACAUUUCUGUUAUAAUCUCAAGCCCUGACAGUGGGAGAUCCUGCAGAGUUCUGCGUUUUCCUUAAGAACUGGGGAUGAGACUGCCCGUGCAUCUGCAUGUAGUGGGGAUGAAUCAUUCUGGGUUUGAUGGAGGUAGAUAGACUGUGAAGUAACUUUUACACUCGUGCCAGUUAUGUCAGGUUUUGUGAAGUUUUUACACUGAUGACAAUACCAUGGGUGUGUGAAGUUUUUACACUGAUGACUGUUACGUGCAAGUGUGCCCCCGUGUUCUGGGGCCAGAGCUGCCUUCACAGCUAUGGCAGAGCUGUGACGUAACUGCGUAAUCAAAGAAGCUUUCAGACUCAUUAGAUGAAGUGAUUCCUAGGCACAAAUGAUGUAUAGAAUUGAUGCUUGUACAUGUAAGUGAUUGCUGACAUCAUAACAGCUUUUUUAUAGUAGUAGGAACAAAGAGAUUUACAAACCUUUUUCAUUAUUUUUUUCCCUAAAGUAAAAACUAAAAAAUUAUGUACCAGGUCUAUGCAUAUUGUUUUUAUUGCAUAGAAUAAAAAUUGUAAUUUUCCAAACAUGUUUCUGAAUUAUGUAUUUUAAGAUGAAUUAUUUGGUUAACAGAUUUUUUUUCUUAUAAGGUGAGGAUUUUUUUCCUGAAUUACUUUUUCAUGUGAGAAUAUUCACAGAGCUUGUGUGGCCUAAUUUUUAAAUGAGAAAUGUGAAAAAGCAAGUCUACGAAGUCAGAGAUCUGAAUAUUGUCCAUGACUGCUACCGGAGAGCCAGCUGCUGAGCUGACCAGGUCCAGCCACUGACUGACUGCUUUUCAGAGCCUAUUCAUUAGAAAUGUAUUUAUAAUUUAAAUAGGUUUUUAAAAAGAAAACCAUAAACGUGAAAAUUAACAUGCUCUUUAGUGUUUGUGAAUAGAAUUGGAACACAGCCAUAUGCUUUCUCGGGUUUGGUAUGUUGGGUGCUCUGCUACAGGACCUGGGCUGGGAAGCCGCAGUGUACACAUGUGGCCCUUUGCAGAUAGUUUGCCACCAUGGUUUGUGGUAUGGUGCAUUGUGGCUACUGUGCAUGAAGUGCUAGUUUUCUCAGCUGUCCUUGAUGUUCUUGUGGAACUGUCGUCCUGUCUUAGGGUUUCACUGGGUCAGUGUAAGUCUAAUUGUUCCUGUGCAAGCAAGGGAAAUAGUCUUUAAUCUCAGGUAGUGUUUAGUAUAGAGCAAAAGGCCAUGGUGUAUGAAAUGAAGCCUUCCUUAUCGUUACUGCCGCCCAGAAGCAUCUUCCCACCUUUGAGCUGGCACAUCCACAAGCCCUCACAAGCCCAGGCUAUCACUCUUCAACAUCUGUUCUGUUUUAGAGAACAAGUAGUUUCAAACCCACACCACUGAGCAGGCCUCAGGCACGGGUCACUUCGCACUCAUGUAUUUUAUGUACUGAAGAUGCUCAGAGAUUGUGCACUUAGAACUCUAGGGGACUCAGGUGUUUCUCUUUGCUUUGUUCAUGGGAAAGUAGGUUUGAAAUCACUGAACUUGACAAGGUAGGAACAGAGGAACAUACGGAGGGGAGAGGUGAGAUUUAUAUAUGUAACUGAUAGGAAGCUUGCCUAGACUGUGCAAGGCUUUCAGUUCUAUUUCUAGCACUGCAACUCUCUGAUAGGUAAUCAGAAUUUUGAAGAUGAAUUUAAAAAACUUAAUUUUUCCCAGUGUAUUUGAAUUCAGGCCUGAUUUUUUUUCCCUUGUUGAAGUAGAUGGCAUGGGUUUGAAGCCAGAGUAGUUUGGAGGUGGGGGGCCAGGGUGAGCUGGUGUGGUCACAUUAUUGUUAUCUUCCCAAAUGCAAUUCCAGGAGAGGCUUUAGCCCUGAGUUCCCACAGUGUUGUCUGGAAGGGAACUGAUUUGUGCUGUCCUUGUGACAUUGGCCACGUGCUUCAGAGCAACCCAGAGCGGCAGGCACUGUAGUGAUGCAUGGCAGUGCCACGGGUCCCAGAGUUCUAGCCGUGUAACCACUUAACUCCAGGUCUACCUUUUCAUGAUGCAUGGUUGAAUUUGAUUUUCAUUGUUUGUAAGAGAAGCUCACUUUUAAUAGCUUUCCAUCCCUUCUCCCCCAUACCUCCUUUAUUCCCCCCACCCCCCCUUUAAAGACUCUCUGUGUAGAUAAAUCUGACUUUGAACCUACAGAGAUCAGCCUGCCUCUGCCUCCUAAGUGCUGGGAUUAAAGAAGUGUACCACCACAUCUGGCAUCCAUGCCACGCCCUCACGAUUUUUUUAAUUCAGUAAAUGUUAAGAGUGGCCUACCAUAUAGUUGUACACAUUAAUUUUUUAUUGUCAGGGAUGAGAACACAGCAUCAGUAAUCAAUGGCCUGUUUGUUGUUGUUUUCUUUUGUUUUGUUUUGUUUUGUUUUUUCAGCAACAAAGCAGUUACCAAAGGGACUGAAAAAGCACUGGAAGGAACUGAAGGGAUGAGGUGGAGCUGUGUUUGUACAGCAUUAGAUUGCUGUGUGAGGACUUUGUGCUUCUGAGGUUGGAGUGACAGUGUCAGGAUGUCUGAUUGUUGAGGUCUACAAGGACUUGGUGCUAAUUAUACUUUCUGAUGUUUAUAUAACAUUGCUGACAGCCUGCUUGUCUGGCUAGCUCCUUUUUUGGCAAUGCACUUUGUGGUGGUUGAAAUAGGUAUGGCCCCCCAAACUCCUGUUUGAAUGCUUGGCCCUUAGGGAGUGGCACUAUAAGGAGAUGUGGCCUGGUAGUAACUGUCACUCUGGAGGUGUGUUUUGAGGUCUCAUGCUCAGGCCACUCCCACUGUGACAAUUCUCUUGCUGUUGCUUGUGGAUCAUUUAGAACUCUUAGCUCCUCCGGUACCAUGUCUGCUUACAUGCUGCCACCCUUCUCACCAUGACAAUGGUGGACUAAACCUCUGAACUAUAAGCCUGCCCCACUUACAUGUCUUCCUUUAUAGGAGUUGCCGUAGUCAUGGUGUCUCUUCACAGCAAUAGAAACCCUAACUGAGACACCCUUAAAAACAACCAAAAACCCUAGCUGGUACCAGUGUGUAUUUCUAAAUUUAAAAGUUGGUAUUAGUAUAUUUUAAAUGGAUUGAAGGUAGCUAGAAAAUCUUCCCGGGUUUCCUCACAUUCACUGUCCCACCAGGGGGCGCCGAAACAGCAGCUUUAAGGUAGAUCGUACCCAUCAAUUCUGUUUAGCUGGCUUCAAGAAUCUUCUUUUCUUCCCUGACAGUAACCCUCCCUCCUUUAUCACACUUGGCACCAGCCUGUCACUGACAAGUUUGGAAAUGUUAUAACAGUGUUUGUAUGUUUUGAAGUAUAAACAAUACUUUUUUAUAAUUGAACUUAAAAAAUAAAAUGAAUUUAUUACUCUGAAUUUGUAAAACUUCCCAAGCAAAAAGUAAAAUUAUGCACAAAUGAUCAAUUGUUUAUCAUUCACAAGUCAAAUACUUUCGGUAAUUCAACCACUGACUGUAUUUGUUAUAAAAUACAUUAAACAUAAAACCACUCUUUUGUAAAGUUAGAAAUGCUGACCAAGAAACUGCAUAUUUAAAUUAAAUGCUAAACAUGAA